AUGGAACGGACAACCAAAAUGACGUCAUUACUAGUGAUUGCUGCAGCCUUGACGACAGCAGAUGCGCUAGAAUGCUACGUGGAAAAAAACGUAAGUUGCAGUUUGAAUUGUUGAUCUUUCAGUUUACAUUGAUACGGGACGAAGAGAUUUCAUACGAUCAAACAUGCCUUAAGACAUUUUGAACAAAAAAUGGUAAUCCUAUUGGUGUAGCCAAUUUUUACCAUAGCGAAUGGUGACUUCUUUACUGAAAAAACGUCACGAAAAUCUUUGAGGACAUUUUAUACGAGAAAACGUGUUUCUCUUCUUUCCUUUUUUUCUCACUGUAUACGACACUUCUGUUUGUAAUACAGUUAAUGCAUUUUCAGAGUGACGUCAUCGUGGAAAGCGGCUUUGAUUUGUGCAUAUUUGAGCCGGGCGUGACGCGGAACAAAGUAAUGCAUCCCAGCCGAUAUGGAUUAAACAAUUUCGCCGAAAAAGCGCAAAGCUUGCAAAACUUCCAGAAAUUUUUACAGAAGGAGGAUGGAAGUUAUUCCGUUAUGUCGCUGUGCACCAAUAAUGUAAGCGAAAUUUAAAUCCAAUGGCCCAUAUUGCAACCUAUUUUACAUUAAUUUUGCCCAUGUGUUCAACGAAUCUUCUGCCUAUUCUUGCGUUACAAAAUAAUCUUGCAGAAGCCCUCACCGCCUUCUGCGAACUUCACGAAAAUCGUCUGCUUUUGCAACACCGAUUUAUGCAACCGCGGGAAUACCGUGGAAACCUUCCUUGGCCAUCAAUUGGAGCUGGACCGGAUCCGUCAUUUGGCCAGAAUCUCGGACUAA